CAUCAAUGAGCAAGGAAAAGCUAUUCUGGCCGAAGAUAAUUGUCCGGAAGACUUUGACUACCUUUAUUCAAGGGCAUCACCACGAGAAACAUUUAGUUUCAGUAUCGACGGAAUGCAAUUCACGGCCCAGCUCUCUUAUGAAAAUUCUAACAAUGCGAGUAGCAGCGGUGUAUUUCAAAACAGAUACUGGGACAUUCAUCUUAGUAGCGAUGAUUGCAACAAUCUCUCUGCAGAACAAGUCACCGAUAGAGUACCAAAGCUGUUGAACUAUGCAAAAAAGUUGGCAAGAGCGAUUUCUAAAUCUGAUCAAAAUCAGGAAACAGUUACGGUCCCACCUGAAAUCCUUGCACGCGGUGAAAAGGCUCAAAAUGCUUACCAAACAGCACUGAAAAGUGGAAAAGUCAAACAUUGUCGUGUUCCUAUUGUUUUGGUUGGCCAAUCCCGAUCUGGAAAGACAAGCUUACUCAGGUCAAUUCAUAGAGAGAAAUUCAAUCCUUCGGAAGACAGCACCAUUGGUGCAAAGCUUCAGCGAUCACUAUCCAAGGCAGAAGAUGCUGACUGGCACAAAACCAACACUGACGAACACGUAGUUUACAAUCAAUGUGCUGCAAGAGCAAUGAUGCCACACUUGCUGGURGUAAAUUCCAUGGACUCGAAUGACGACGAUGAUAACGAUGAGCCCGAAUUCAAUAAAGAAAACUUCAUACCAGUAGACAACAUCGUAAACAACAGCUUAGAAACAUCUUCAGAAGAGGACAAGCCCCUCACCUUUGAAGAAAACUUCAAAAUGGAUAGCGACGAAGAAACAACACAAGAAGAUUUCGAAAAGAGUCUCACUGGUGAUGUCCAAUCAAAACAGCUUCCAGAACAAGUUGCAAUAUGCGCCAAAAAUAUUUUAGAAAACCCUGAAUCUGCAAAGCAAAUGGAAAAUGAUCUGUUUUUACACACCAUGGACUUCGCAGGACAGCCAGUCUACAGUGUCACGCACCCAGUCUUCCUUCCUACGAAGGGGAUCUUUCUUCUUGUCCAUAACUUGCAAAACGACCUGCACGCUCAAGCGACUCCUAUGGUAAAAUUUGGAGCUUCAGCAGAAAGAAUAAUCGACGAUCAUUGUCCAAUGACCAAUAUGGAUCAUUUGGAAUUCUGGUUAUCAUUGAUUGCAGCCAAUUCAACCAUUGAAGGUGGUUCUCCAGUCUUUAUGGUCUCUACUCAUGCUGAUAAACCGUUUAAGCCUGAUGUCAAACAGACUGCCAGACAAAUACUCCAGACUCUCAAGAGGGAGGAAUUUACACCCGGAAGUCAUGUUGUUCACGGCUUAUACACUGUAGAUAACACAGUCUCGGGAAGCGGAGGACCCGACGACCCAGCUGUACAAGACCUCAAAGUAGCUAUAUCUAAAAAAGCGAGAAGUCUUCCACAAUGCAAAGACGAUAUUCCUAUUCGAUGGUUGCUUUUUGAGAAGAGGCUGUUGAAUAUUGUCAAAGAAGGGCAGAAGAAGUACAUCUCGUAUGAAGAAGCCAAAACCAUUGCCUUAGAAUAUGAAGUGAUUGUUGAAUGGGAUGAGCUCGACACUCUCUUGGACUAUCUACACGACUUAAAGAUAAUCAUUUACUUCCCUGAAACCAAUAUGAUCGUCAUCGAUACACAAUGGCUGCUUGAUAUGUUUGCCAAAGUGAUAACUGUUCAACCAAUCGAAUGUCAUGAAGGGUAUGAACAAGAAUGGAAAAAACUCGAAAACAAGGGAAUCGUUAAUGAUAAGUUUCUCAGAUAUCUCUGGAGUGGUCUUCUAGACGACGACACGUCCAUGCAGUCAAUAAUUACAUUGAUGGAAAAGUUCUCCCUCAUCUKCAAGCAACAGGAUGGAUCAUAUCUGGUUCCUGCUAUGUUGUUGAACGCUCCAGAGUGCCAUGAAUUGAUAAAAGAUGACAAGACUUCCCAACUGGUAAUCCGAUUCAACAGUUCCCACCUUCCUUUUGCCGUUUUUCCAAGACUUUUUGUGGCRGUUCAUAAGAUGUGUAUCUCGAUUUGGCCUGACUCUACACCUCCAGGUCUCUCCAAAAACUUUGCGAGAUUUUACAUUGUUAAUGACACAUUCAGCCUGAUCCUCAUUUCUGACGUACAAACUAUUACUGUUGCUUUGGUGAAAGAAGAAACUACAGAUAGUCCAGCACGUCAUGGAGACUUGUAUGUUCAACAAUGUGGGUUUCUGUUAGAAUUUCUGAGAGAAAGUUUGCCACAAUUGAUGGAAUCAUUCCCUUGGAUGAAAUGCUUGGAAUUUGAGUUUGGUAUUCGUUGUCCAGUUUGUAAAGAUGCUCCACCUUGUUCGAAACACGGCAAGAUGACCUGUUCUCAAGACUCGUGUGCUCACUUUGUAUCAGAAAAAGAACUGUUGAAAAACGCUACGCCACGUUGCCACAAGAACCACACUAAAGCAAACAUCAUCCUACCAUCUAGCUUCUCAAACUGGUUUCAGAGAAAACCCAAUUCUGCUGAAGUAAAUAAACUACAACCACAAUUUCAAAGUCUUUUCUUGGACUCAGGYUCUACAGAAGGUACUUUUUCAGAUGAUGAUAUAUGCAAGGAAAUCAUACCUGAUUUUAAUCAAGACUUCAAGGCACUUUCACUGGAAAAGUCGAAAAUAUUAGCAAAGAAAAUUGCUGGUAGAUUUAACCUGAACAAACAUAGCACCACCACUCCACCCAAAGAACUCGUAAAGAAUUGUAGGACAGCCUGCAGAUGCCUGGUCGCUAAAGGAGGAGAGGCUGUUGUAGAAGUUUUACGACAUGAGCUGCCUAGUGGAAUGACAGGUCCUUUGAAAGUUGGACAUGAUGUAAAAGUGCUUGACAUGAAUUUCAAUACAAAAACGCUUUUAUCAAGAGCAUUAACAGGUAAAAGAACAGAGAGGAAAACGUUUGUCCAGGACAAAGUAGGGUUAUCCUCCGACCAGAUGGCCUAUUUUGAAGAAAGUUUUCCCAACUGCAUUCUUCAAAUAUUGACUGAAUGUUGUGGARACUGGCCAGUUGAAAAACUAUAUGAUGCCAUAGUAGACAGUGGAGCUGAGGUGAUCGCUGACAAAUACCUCUAAUAAAUGACAAUGCAUUAAAUAUCUGUGAAUAGUAUAUAGGCCAAUGAAGCACCGGCAUGCUGGGACAUGUCGUCUAUAGAUAGAUAGGAAAUUAAAAGAGUUGGGAGACAAAAUGUGUCGCGACCAUUUCAUAUAUCAGAGGUCAAAUGGUGAAUGCUACACCAUCUUUUCAAACGAAUAAUGUUUUCAGAAAAAAAUAUGGUCACAAAUGAGCCUGGUUUUCCUAUGCCUACCAAAUCCCCCCAACCCCCCUGAUACCCACUUAAUGUGAACCUGGAUCUUCCUUGAGAAUCGUUAGCUUUUUCAUUUCGAAAAAUAUCGAAUGGACUUAGAACGGAUUUAAUUCUAAAUGAAAAUUACAUUUUAUAAAGUAGGAACGAAUAAAUUAGAUAAUAAAUGUUCUUUUAAAUAA